AUGGCAAAUAAUAGCAUCCUCCAAGUCUUCAUUGUUUUUCUCAUCGCGCAAGCCUGCUUAGUCAUGAUGAUGGCCACGCCAAUAGUGCAGGCAGCCGGCAGGCUUAUGGGACAUGAUCCACCCUGUUGCCCUAGGGACCCCUGGUGUUGUGGGUUCGGCCGCGUGAUGGCCAAUGGAACUGAAUCCUCCACCAAGCCUUGA